AUGGGUAAACGGGCAGCAAAAGCUCGUCGACGGGCGGCCCGUUUGGCAGCAGCAGAGCAACAACAGCAAGUCUCAUCAAAAUUAUCAUCUGAAACUGAUUGUGAAAUUCCAACGAGUAACACAAAAUCGCGAUCCUCACGAAUUCCAGUUCUCAAGAAAGGAUCGGCAGCUUCAAACUAUUCCCCAAAGAAUAUCGAAGGAGGGAGUCCUUCGAAAAUUCCGAGACCCGUAAAUGUUAUCUAUAUGGAACGAACUUCGGGCUCUACAAUGACUUCGAGCGAUUCGGAUUCGAUUGAAAGCGUCACCGGAGAUGAAUUGACAUCGGAAGCAGUGACGCCAAAAAUCAAGCCGGUCGAGAUGUCAAACGGCGAGAAUCUACGGAUUAUCGCGGAAUCGAAUGGAGUCGAGGUUGAACUCGAUAUGAACGCGAUGGUUGGUGGAAUGAAUGUCGAAAUUGCCGGAAUUAAAAUCGCCUAA